CGCCUCAAGGGCGGUCCUCCGGUGCGCGCCGGUUUCCUUUCCGCAGGUUUGGGAAGUCAGUACUGGUGACCGGAGGCAUCGAAGGCAGCGGCUAGCGGUUCCCUGCGGCCUAGAAAAAUCCUGCAAAAAUGUCUUUGUAUCCAUCUCUUGAGGAUCUGAAGGUAGACAAAGUGAUUCAGGCUCAAAGUGCCUUUUCUGCAAACCCUGCCAACGCAGCAAUUUUGUCGGAAGCAUCUGCUCCCAUCUCUCAAGAUGGAAAUUUCUAUCCUAAAUUGUAUCCGGAGCUUUCUCAGUACAUGGGCCUGAGUUUAAAUGAAGAAGAAAUACGUGCAAAUAUGGCCAUGGUCCCUGGAGCACCAACUCAGGGGCAGUUGGUAGCAAGACCUUCCAGUAUGAACUACAUGGUGGCUCCUGUAACUGGUAAUGAUGUUGGAAUUCGUAGAGCAGAAAUUAAGCAAGGGAUUCGUGAAGUCAUUCUGUGUAAGGAUCAAGAUGGAAAAAUUGGGCUCAGGCUUAAAUCAGUAGAUAAUGGUGUAUUUGUUCAGCUUGUCCAGGCAAAUUCUCCAGCUUCAUUGGUUGGUCUGAGAUUCGGGGACCAAGUACUGCAGAUCAACGGGGACAACUGUGCAGGCUGGAGCUCUGAUAAAGCACACAAGGUGCUCAAACAGGCUUUUGGAGAGAAGAUUACUAUGACUGUUCGUGACAGGCCCUUUGAACGCACAAUUACUAUGCACAAGGAUAGUACUGGACAUGUUGGUUUUAUUUUUAAAAAUGGAAAAAUAACAUCCAUAGUGAAAGACAGUUCUGCAGCCAGAAACGGUCUUCUCACAGAACAUAACAUCUGUGAAAUUAAUGGGCAGAAUGUCAUUGGAUUGAAGGACUCUCAAAUUGCAGACAUACUGUCAACAUCUGGGACUGUGGUCACUAUUACAGUCAUGCCUGCUUUUAUCUUUGAACAUAUUAUUAAACGGAUGGCACCAAGCAUUAUGAAAAGCCUGAUGGACCACACUGUUCCCGAGGUUUAAAUGUCAUGACACAGUGGAAACUUGGCGGAACUUCUCCAGUUCACUUCUUUGGCAACUUCACUUUCUAUUAUGCACAGGAAGCUUCCCAGGAACCAGGGAGCAGUGCUGCAUGAGGUCCUUUCUAUCCUACAGUAUGGCGGGGAAUCUUAACUGUUCGAUCUGAUACCUUGUUCAGACUGCAAAAUAGUUGUAGCCUUAUCCUGGUUUUACAGAUGUGAAACUUUCAAAAGAUUUGCUGACUUUCAUAGAAUAGUUUUUUCUGCUGGAAACCUGAUGCUUUUAUAAGCCAUGAUGAUUAGAAUGACUGAUGCAAGCUUAGCUUUGUGGUAGAACCAGUCACUUCUGUCCUAGAAAUCAAGUAGUGCUGUUCGUAUUACUUUAGUUCUAUGGCAUAUUUGCACUUUCACUGUUACCAUGUACAUUUAGAAUGAUUGCUUCUGAUCGUUUUUUUAGUUCUGUGUGUGUAGUGUGUCUAUAAAACACGAAUUUAAAUAACACUGUUUUAUUCCAUGUAAGCAUUAUACAGUGUGUGUGGGUUGCAAGAGAUUGCAUUAAUUAUCAUUACAUUUUAACUACCUUCACUUAAUAUGCUUGAACUGUCGCCUUAACUAUGUUAAGCAUCUAGAAUAAAAGCCAAAAUAUAACGAUUGCUGCCUUUCUAACACCCAAAAUGCAGUUCUGUACUAAACUGAAAUGUACUCUAGCCCUGAACAAGUUAAUGCUACAUACGGAGCUACAGCAUAGCUGCUUAGUUGCAUUUGAGAUUUUCUAGUCAUUGUGUAACGGAAACUUCUUCGCAAAGUUACUUGGUAUCAUUUUCUGAGAAAUGAAUUACUAUAUAUUUAAUGUAAAAAUUCCUAAACCUAGUAGGAUAAACUUUUGACUUACUUUUUUCAUUUAUAGAUUAAGUGGGAUAAUAGUUAAUUUUGACAUUUUACUCUAAACAUUACAUAACCUAAUUCCUUGGGGAUGGUCUUACAAUGUUGUCCUAGUAGUUCUGUUUCCUGACUCUUCCCUGUAAACAAAAUGGCAUUGACACUUUAUUCCUGAUUUUUCUUCUUUUUGGUUUAUGCCUAUUCUAAUUAAAUAUGUAUAAAUAAAGUUAAAAUUUAGUC